GCUGUGUUUCAUUUAUUCAUUCUCAUAUCAUUCACUCUGCCCGUUCUCUGGUCGGAGUAAGUUGGGUGAAGUCAAAUUUUUUUCAUUCAUAUCUGGGGAAAAUAUUUUCGCUUAUAUUUAAGUUUCAAAGUAUUUAAAUAUGAAUGCGAUCAAUAAAACGGCGAUAGGUAUAGCAGCGGGUGUUGCGGGCACAAUUUUCAUUGGAUAUUGCAUUUAUUUCGACAGUAAACGGCGCACUGAUCCUGAUUACAAGAAGAAAGUCCGCGAGCGCAGACGUCGUACCCGCAAAAAUGGAAAUGCUGGCCGCAGUGGAAUACCAAACCUCAAUGACCAUGAAGCAAUUGAAAGGUAUUUCCUUCAGGAAAUUCAGUUGGGCGAAACAUUAAUUGCUCGUGGUGAAUUUGAAAGUGGUGUAGAGCACCUUGCUAAUGCUAUAGUUGUAUGUGGACAACCAGCUCGUCUUCUCCAAGUUUUGCAAACAUCGUUGCCAGCACAAGUAUUUGCUAUGCUAAUUCUUAAAAUGCAAGAGUUUGGUAACCGUGCAAGUGCAGAGAACGAUACACCCAAAAUUGUUGCAGCUAAUUCUAUUGGAGGAGCUGAUAUUCCGCUUGGACUAGAUGGCCCCCAGUCUUCAGUUAUGAUUGAUGACCUAGAAUAGUUGUUGAGCAUAUGUUAUAAUAUGAAGGAAAUCUGCUUAAUAUAUAGAUAUUCAUAUAAAUACAUAUAUUGUUUGCCUAUGUAUCUAGCUAAAAUGUUUAAUUACAUAUGCUUUUAUGUACAAAUACUUCUUAAACAAGUAAAAUAAAAUUAAAAUAAAUCUUAAUAGAAUGGAGGUUUUCACAAUUUCGGCAAGUUGAAUUAUGUAUGUAAAUGUUCCUUCGAAUAAAUAAACGUUCCAAAUUGGCAAUUUAUGUUAAAUAAAAAUUUGAAGUUAUUAAAUGUUAAUUAAACCUGAAGUUGUCAAUAGAAAUUAAACUAUCACAUUAAGAUAUUA